AUGCAGGACAGCGACAUGGUUUGGUAUUUUGCUUUCGGCUCCAACAUGGCCAGCACAACGAUGGAGCGAAGGCAGCUAAGCCCAAGAGACUCUCGGCCUGUCCUUGUGCCCUCGCAUGUACUUUGCUUCGACGUGUUCGGUGUCCCGUACAUGGAACCCGCCAUGGCUGGCAUUCGAGAGAGGACUCCGGCCGACGAUGCAGAAGCGACACCGUCAGUACACGGAAUGGCAUACUUACUUUCACGGGAAGAAUACCAUCGGCUCAUAGUCUCCGAAGGGGCGGGUGUCGCCUAUGUCGAAAUGGAGCUGAUAGCUCGUACCUGUUCAACUGGGUUUACGGCGCGGGCGGCGACUUGUGAGGAGAUUCCGGUGCGGACCUUGAUGGCGAGAUUUCCAUUCCGGCCCGAAGCCCUUCCGAGCGUUCGGUACCUGGGGUUAUUGAUUCAGGGGGCCCAAGAAUCCGGCCUGCCAUCCUCGUACCAAGACUAUCUACGUGGUUUACCCGCGUAUCACAAAAGUCUUUCCAAGUACGAAGAGUUCGGCGCCUCGCUCUUGAUCGGUUUUUGGAUGCCUAUACUCAAUGGCAUGAUGAAGAGGGUGAACCAGAGACCUGAUUCGCAUGGCAACGCAAAGCCCUGGGUUGGGGAAUUGGUUAGAUUAGUUUUUAUCACUAUGUGGCUCUACUACGAUACCAUACAUAGCCGUAUCUGGGGUCGGAAUGGUGGAAGGAAUCUAGUCGGAACUACUUAA